AUGGACAAGAUUAUUAGUGCUGUUGGCAAGAUACCAGAUACUAAAUCAAGAAACGAUGAUGAUUUUUCAGACAGAUUGUUGUACAGACACACCAGUGCCAUAUUUGUGGUUUUUGCUAUUAUAGUCUCAACGAAACAAUACGUUGGUGACCCAAUUCAAUGCUGGGUGCCUGCAGAAUUUACUGGCAACCAUGAGGAAUAUACAAACAACUUCUGCUGGAUAAGAAACACUUAUUAUUUACCAUAUGAAAAAAACAUUCCCAAAGAAAAUGAGUCAGAAAAAAGACAAGUUAUUCCUUAUUACCAAUGGAUGCCUAUGAUACUAGCUGUGCAAGCGCUGUUAUGUUACCUUCCUAUACUUUUGUGGAGAGGAUUAAAUGACAAAUCUGGAAUAGAUGUUAACACAAUUGUUGAAGCUGGUGAGACGUUCACUAAUGCUGAUGUUGCCGAAAAUAAAGAGAAAACUCUUUCAUAUAUGAUCAAACAAAUGGAUCGAUAUCUAUCAAGCCAAAAAGAUGUAUCAACGGGUUGUACAAUAAGUUUAAAACAUUUUUUGUCGCGCACUUGCUUUUCAUCGUGUGGACGACGUAGAGGAAAUUAUCUCGUUCUUCUCUACUUAACAGUAAAAGUCCUUUCCUUUGCAUGUGUGGUCAGUCAAUUGUUUGUCUUGAAUUUCUUCCUUGGACAGGAUUUUCAUCUAUAUGGGUUUGAAGCUAUAAAAAGCGCGAUCAUUGGCACUAACUUGUCUGUUUCACCUCGAUUUCCCCGUGUUACUAUGUGCGAUUUUAAGAUUCGACGUUUGGGGAAUGUUCAACGAUAUACUGUACAGUGUGUGCUGCCAAUUAAUCUAUUCAACGAAAAAAUUUAUCUGUUUAUAUGGUUUUGGCUAGCACUCGUGUCAAUUGUUCUAGCAUUUUCGCUUGUUACUUGGAUGACACGAGUCGCUCUUAGAGUUGAAAAACGUCGUUACGUCAAGAAACAUUUGCAUCUAAUGAACAAAAUACAAUUUGAUUCUGAUAAAAAACAAGUUGUUAAAUUUGUUGAAGAUUAUUUGAAGCAAGAUGGUGUAUUCAUAUUGAGGCUUGUCGGUCAUAACACAAACGCGAUUACUGUGACAGAAUUUGUUUGCCAUUUAUGGGAUUUUUAUCGUAUGAAACCGUUAACGGAACGAUUUAAAAAAGAAUUGAAUGAUAUUUAA